AUGAAUUCAAUAUAAUCAUAUAAAGGUAAAUUAUAUAUCAAAUGAAGUUAUUUUAGUAGGGGAUAGCAAAGUUGGGAAGACAAGCUUCUUUAUUAGAAUAAUUAAGAAUGUUGCACCAAGACAACCUUAAUCAACAAUUGGAGUUGAGUAUGCUUCAAAGUAGAUUGUUUUGAAGGACUCAAUAAUUAAUCUGAAAAUUUGGGAUACAGGUAUAAUAUUUUUGAUUUAGCUGGAUCUGAGAAAUAUAAGUCCUUGACUU